AUGGACACGGCCUUGGAAAAUGACAUAAAACGACGAUUCUUGGAUAUGGAAGUCUCCAUUAAGCUCUCAGAGAUAGCAAAGCUGGCUCCAAAGUUCCGGAAUACCUUAUUUCGGGAGGAUACACCUGGCGAACCCAGAGCCUCUAGCUCUAAUGCUCUGGUCCUAUAUCGAGACUCCGAUGAGUUGAUAAGACCACCCGUGAACGUCGCGUCUGGGCAGAUCAUCACGGACCAUAGACGCUCGGUGCCUGUUGGAGAUGCCCCUAAGACUGAUGAAGGGAUAUACUCGCUCCCUCUCCUUUACACGGACGUGCGCAUUAACUAG